AUGAAUACAGGCAUACCGAACGAUUACUUGCCAUCAACAGAGGCACAAAAGGCCAGUAAUGAACGAAUAAGGAAACUAAAUAAAAAAUUCCUAGAGAGAAAAUUGAACUUGAGUAAAUCCGAUGUUGGAACUAACAAUACGACUCUUACCACUGUUUCUGAUGGCUCAACUUCAGUUUUACCAGAUCAUGGUAAUGAUAAUGAGGACGAUGUUUCUAUCAGGAUCAAGCACGAACUUCAUGACACUAACGCUCAAUUGUUUGAAAACAGGUCUGAUGAAACAAUUGGUUCAAAGCAAAGGCGAAAAAAUAUACAUUUAUAUCCAGGAAGUUCAUUGAAUUACUUAUCAAAUGAACCAGAAAUAAGAGCAGUUCAAAGAAGGGGAACCGAGAAAGAUGAUACCCUCCGAAUGGAUGACAAUAAAGGUUACCCAGAGGAAACAGAUGAAGAUUAUGAAGCGGAUCUUGGUUAUAUACCGAUAAUUCAAGAUAAAUAUAGGCUUCAUCCACUUAAGAGCUAUGGUUCUUUGAGUCAGAAUCACCAAACAGAAGAUGAAUCACACUUACAAAGGCAAUUAUUUAGGAGUGCUGAAGUACGAAAUAGGACAAGAAGUAGAAACCAAUCAUUACGCAAGGCAUUAGGUGAUCCUGUACCGCUUCCGUAUAUUAAGAAAGAGAAUGACUCAAAAUUAGAGCAAGGAAUGCACAAAAGACGGAGUUCCCAAGAGGAGGAGCUUGAAGAGCCAAAAACAAUUUUGAAGAAGGAAGAUAUAGUGACAACUGACACUUUGGAUAGGAAAAGGAAGCAUCUGGACAUGAAAUGGCAAAAGAUUCUUGCCAAUAAUCAACCUCUAAUUGAAAAUAAAUUAAAAACUUUAUCUAAAUCAAGCCAUUUUACGAAGACAGUUCCAGUUGACAGUUAUGUCACAAAGAAAGAUCCGAACUCACGACAUACAUCACGAAUAUCGUCAGUGUCGAUUAAGCAGGAAGACCUACUCAAUGAACCCAUUUCAGCCAAUGUAUAUGCUCAAGAAACAAAUGGAUAUGAUUGGAAUCCUCGAGAAGGAAGUACUUCAUUCACAUCACUUCGAUCGAAUGAAUCUGUAGCGAUAGAGAAAGUUCAGGAAGAGUUAAAAUGGAAUUCUGCUAAACUUGACCAGAUAUUAGCGUUAUUGCAUAACAAUAACCAUACUAAGGAAUCCAAAAAAUCAAAGACAACAAAUUUGGAUGUUAAAGAAAACAUUAAAAAAAAUAUGAAUCAUACAAAUAAUAAGGAAAUGACAGCGAGACAAUUCCCGAAAGAAUUCAUAUAUUGGACAAUAUGUAUAAUUAUACUUAUACUUUGUAACAUUUACGUGUAUUAUUAUUUAUAA